AUUUUUGUCGUGUUACUCGGGUCUACUAGAGGUUUGGUAGUAUUAGGAAGGCAAAAUCAAACACAAGUAUAUUUAGGUAAUAAUAUUAUAUGUUAGUCAAAAUCAAAUGUAUCUAGAUCAGUGACUGAACCAGAUUUGAUAUGAUAUGAGAAUCGGCAGCACGGUCAAAGUUCAACUCACAAAUUUAUUAUUCAACAAGACUUGUUUACCAAAAUCAUCCAAUCAAAUCUUCAACUUUGCUUCCCCCUCACUCACACCUCUCAAUCCGCACAAAAAAAUUCUCAAUUUCUUCACGAUUUGACAGACAUAUUUCAUCGGUUGACUGUUCGAUUUAGUUACAUAUACAAUCAUGAAGUCAUCACUGGGGAAGCUUGGGCGCAAAUUAACGAUGCAGAAGACCGAUGUGAAGGAGAUGAGAGAUCACCAGCCUUCUGCCCUAAUUGAUGAGCUUGCUCUGGCGUCCAAGGAUAUGCAAGAUAUGAGAAACUGUUAUGAUGGAUUAUUAUCUGCUGCUGCUGCAACAGCAAAUAGUAUAUAUGAAUUUUCGGAGUCGCUAAAUGAAAUGGGGAACUGUUUACUGGGGAAAACGGCUACGGAAGCUGAUUCUGAAAGCGGGAAAGUGCUAUCAACUUUGGGGAAUAUGCAAUUGGAACUUCAGAAAAUCGCUGAUACUUAUCGUUCGUAUGUAAUUGUGACAAUUACCAACCCAGCAGAGUCUCUCCUCAGUGAGCUAAGGAAAGUAGAGGAGAUGAAACUUCAAUGUGAUGAAAAAAGGGAGGUGUAUGAAUAUAUGAUGGCACAAUACAAAGAAAAAGGAAAAUCGAGAACUUUAAUUGCACAAAAACUGCGAGAAGCUCAAGAUGAAUACGAUGAAGUGACGAGACUAUGUGUAUUUCGGGUUAAAUCACUUAAGGAAGGAGAAUGGCGAAGCCUUUUAACACAAGCUGCUCGCCAUCAUGUCGCACAGUUGAACUUCUUUCGCAAGGGACUAAAAGCUGUUGAAGCAGUUGAACCUUUUAUAAGAAGUGUUGCAGAAAAGCAUCGUAUUGACUGCCAACUCAGCGGAUUAGAUGAGCUUGGGACCCGCGAAGGUGACCCUAUGAGUGGGUACGAAAGCGCCGAUGAUGGAGAAUUGAGUUUUGAUUAUAAACAGAAGAAACAAGGAGUAGAUGAUGAUGACGGCACCUCACCAAAUCCAAUGGAGCUGGACCAUGUAGACGUCCCAUAUAUUCAAGCUUCAAAUUCUGAAGAUUCAGAUAAACAUAAAGCGGAUCAGCUUAAAGCAAGGCAAAGAAGAGUUGGUAGCUAUUCGGCCCCACUAUACCCCGACACAUCUAAUACGUCUGAAAAGCUUAAAGAAACCCAACCGACUCGGAAGUUUUACUCGUAUGUACUACCUCCACCCGUUACAGAUACCCGCAAUCCAAUUUCAAAACCAACAACAUCUGUUUCAACUACAUCUGUGUUGACCUCAAAAGUCCAGUCAACUGUAAAAGACGGUAAUGUUAUCAAUUCUUCCACCCAGCUACCCACUCCUACUGGAAGAUUUUCAUUCUCACUAAAGGAUGAUUACAACAGUUAUAACAGAACCGAUAGUAGUAAAACAGCCAAACGACAAUCUUUCUCUGGCCCGUUAACGCCAAGCAAGCAGUUUUCGUUUAAAUAUGCUUCUAACAACAGUGGGCCCAUUCCUCGUACCGAGCUUCCGCAACCGCCUUCUCAGGUCCGGUUUUCUCAGCCGAAUUUGGCGCGUAGUGCUUCACCUCCGCCGGUAUCUUCGCCUAAAAUAAGCGAGCUUCAUGAGCUUCCGAGACCUCCUUCUAGUAGCAAUUCGGUCUUCCCGAAACCGGUUGGUGGUUUAAUUGGACAUUCGGCACCUUCAGUUUUAAAAAGUCAAGAAAUCUCUCCACCUAAUAAACGGGCUAUGCUGACGUCGACUCUUCCGCUUCCUCCGCCCUCUGUUAUGAAAAUGAAGUCGAGUAACAGUGAGACAUGAAGAUGAAGAAGUUAUUUUGGUUUAGAUGAUGAUGAUGAUUCAACUGUUUCAACUACCUUAUUUGAAGUUGAAGUUAACAUUUUGUUUUUUGCUUCUUCUUUCAAUAUAAGAAUGUAAAUACAAUUGUCGUAUUUGAUUGAUGCAAGCAUAAAGCAGAGAAAUGUUGUUUCGGUUUCUAUAUCCGCUGUCUUACAGAAACAUGAAACAUCAUCAUCGUU